CGCUUCCCGCCGGCCACGCAGCCUGGCCAUGGGCACCCCGGCGCGGCCCGUGCGGGUGCUCCUGGACAUGGACGGGGUGCUGGCCGACUUCGAGGGGGGCCUCCUGGCCGGCUUCCGCCGCCGCUUCCCCGGGGAGCCCCACGUACCGCUGGAGCAGCGCCGAGGCUUCCUGGCCAGCGAGCAGUACCGGGCGCUGCGCCCCGACCUGGCGGACAAGGUGGCAAGCGUGUAUGAGGCGCCCGGCUUCUUCCUGGGCCUGGAGCCGCUGCCCGGAGCCCUGGACGCGGUGCGGGCGAUGGACGCGCUGCCCGACACCGAGGUCUUCAUCUGCACCAGCCCUCUGCUCAAGUACCAGCACUGUGUGGGUGAGAAGUAUCAAUGGGUGGAGAAGCACCUGGGACCCCGGUUCGUGGAGCGCAUCAUCCUGACCCGGGAUAAGACGGUGGUCUCGGGGGACCUUCUCAUCGACGACAAGGACACUAUCCGAGGCCAAGAGGAGACUCCGAGCUGGGAGCACAUACUGUUCACCUGCUGCCACAACCAACACCUGGACUUGCCCCCCACUAGGAGACGCCUGAGCUCCUGGAGCGACAACUGGCAGGAAAUCGUGGACAGCAAGAGGGGGGCCGGGCGCCCUCAGGCCUGAGCCAAGGCCACUGGCAGGCAGCUGGCCCUGCAGUCCGGCCUGAUAUUUGGAAUAAAACACUU